GGGCUUCUUGGUUUAUGGGCUAAAACCCAGGACGGAAAAAUAAACUCUGCUAAACCUCCAGUCCCCGUUUGCCGAAGUACACAGUUCACACUGUUUUCGAGCUUUACAUGUAAACCUGGUUCUCUGCUCAAGUUUCAAACUUGAUAGCUAACAACAAAAGCUGUAAGCCCAUGUCAAGGUUUUCACUGAUUGGUUGCCUUUCAUAUUCAAGAGCUAAGGGAGCUUUAAAGAAAUAAGUUGAACAGAGUAGAAUGGGGGUGCCAGAUGCCUCUGGGGACUUGUCAUCGGAGAUGGAGGUGGAUGCUUUCAGACGCCUCUUCCCUCUUCGCUAUUUUGAGCGUCAUCUCUCAGAAUCUAUACGCCCAGAUGCAAGGCCUCUUGGAAGAGCUAGAGAUACAACAUUAGCCCUUGGGGCUGUUGCAUCUGCUCACGGGUCGGCAUUGGCAAAGAUUGGUUCAACUACCAUGUUGGCUGCCAUAAAAAUGGAAGUGAUGACCCCUUCAACAGAUUCACCAGACGAGGGCUGCAUAGCUAUUGAUUUCCACAUGCCUCCAAUUUGUUCUCCAAUUGUUAGGCCUGGUAGGCCUGCUGAGGUAGCUCCAGUGAUAUCGAAGCAAUUAUCUGAUACCAUAUCAAGUUCUAGCAUGAUUAAUCUGAAGGAACUGUCCUUGGUCAGUGGAAAAGCUGCCUGGAUGGCUUACCUGGACAUCUAUUGUUUGGAUGCUGAUGGUGCUCUUUUGGAUGCUGCACUACUUUCAGCUGUUGCCGCAUUCUCUCAUUUGCAAAUCCCCAUAGUUUCCUUAAAUGAUGAUGGAAAAAUAGUACUUGUAUCGGAGGAAGAUGAGGGAGCAAAAUUGGAGGAGCCUGUCAACAAGGAAAAGAGGAAGCUCACACUGAGCAGCAUUCCAUUUUCAUUAACAUGCAUACUUCAUAAAAAUUACAUCUUGGCAGACCCCACUGCAGAGGAAGAGUCCAUCAUGGAAACUCUUGUAACUGUGGUUUUGGAUUCAUCUGCCAGACUUGUAUCUUUUUACAAGCCAGGUGGAUCAGUUCUUGCCUAUACAUCAACGGUCCAGGAUUGCGUUGCAUUGACAAGGCAGAGAGUCAAGGAACUUCAAGAGAUUUUAGACGAGGCCAUUUCUGGUAUGGAGAUCGACUAAGUUUCAUCUGAUAGGGAGUAAUUCUACAGUUUAAAAUACAAUGUUCAUUCUAUCUUCUUCCUACUGUGUAACGAGUGAUUCUGAAAGAGAUUUUUUGAGGUAAAAGUUAUUAGCGAAUUAUUACUCGUCAAUGAAGAGCUGUUGGUGGCAUUUUCUUCCAUCUUUAUUACAAAUUACAAAAAA